CACAACAUGAUAAAUAAUCAAAUAAAAAUAAAUUAAUAAUUGUGCCAGAUUCAAUUCCCUUAAAAUGAUAUUUUCUUUGAAUGAAUUAGUACAUUGGUUGGGUUUAACAAUUUUUGAAAUAUGGAUAAAUUUAAUUUCAUUAACAAUCUUUACGGUGUUAUUAGCUCUUAAGUUAGACGAUAAUUAUUUUUUGGGUCAAUCAGGAUGGUGGACAGUGUUUUCGCCACUUUUUGUAGCAGAUGGUCUAAACACUUACUUUUGCACAAUUAUAUUUAUAAGAAUGCAUAUGGGAGGUAUGCUCAAGGAUGCUAUUCUGCGAGGAUUCUGGAGUUUCACAUCGCUGCUUUUAAUAUUUGUUUUCAAGUAUCUUUUGUGUAAAAAGUUAUCAGGACAAAGUACUCUAGAAUAUUCGGAAGUUUUAACUCCUGUAUUUAUUGUUUUACAAAUAAUAGCAGUUAGAGCAUUUCAAUUCAAUUGAUUAGUACAAAGUACUAUUACAAAAGUCUGUUAUAGAAUUUCCAUAUUAAAUUUACGAGUAAUGUAUAACAAUUUUAGAAAUAUAAAACUUAAAUAUAUUGAAUAAUUAAUUUUUUAGUGGUUUAAACAUUUCAUUUGCUUUUGUAAUAAUAUAAACAUUACAGGGGGUAUGUUUUUUGUUCUGUUAUUUGUAGAACGAUGAACCAUUAUUAAGUACAUAUUUAAAAUAGAAAAAACUGAAAUGUAAACAUCGUAUACUAAUAAAAGACAUUGUUUA